UCUAUAAGGAGGUUUUUUAUUAUUCAUUAAUGCACAAACGCCUGCAAGUCAAAGGUUUGGAAAAUGAGUAGAUGUAUCCAAACUUGUUAAUGGUACUGUAUUAAGUGUAACAGUAUGUUUUCUUGUCAGCUUUACAGACAUUUAUAAAAUACUUCAUGUGCUAUGGCUGGAAAGGUUGUGCUGCACUACUUCGAUGGGAGAGGGAGAAUGGAGUCAAUCCGCUGGCUUCUGGCAGUAGCAGGAGUUGAGUUUGAAGAAGUGUACAUUACAACCCGUCAGCAGUAUGAAAAACUUCUGAGUGACAGAACCCUCAUGUUUCAACAGCUUCCCUUGGUGGAAAUUGACAACAUGAAGCUUGUUCAGUCAAAGGCAAUCAUGAACUACAUCUCAGAGAAGUACAACCUUCAUGGGAAAGAUCUCAAAGAGCGAGUCAUGAUCAACAUGUUCUCGGAUGGACUGAUCGAUCUCAUGAAAAUGCUCAUGAGUGUGCCCUUCACUAUCAAUAAGACAACAAAACUGGACAACAUUCAGACUAAAGCAAAAGAGCGUUACCUUCCUGUGUAUGAAAAGGCUCUGUCUGGACACAUGUACCUGGUGGGGGGUAAACUAAGCUGUGCAGAUGUGCUGCUGCUUGAAUGCACGCUGACAUUACAGGAGAAUUUUCCUGAAAUCCUCUCUGAGUUUCCCAACAUCAAGGGUUUCCAGGACAGGAUGACUCAAAUGCCAGCUGUCAUCCGUUUCCUGGAGCCAGGAAGCCAGAGGAAGCCUCCGUCAGAUGAAGUCUAUGUUAAAACUGUCAGGGAAGUGUUCAAUGUUAACUUAGUGUUCCCAUGAAUGCUAUAAAACAUCAGAUACAUUCCUCACACACACACAGUGUAAAUAUUCCUUUAUGCUAGCACAACACGUUUGACAUAUUAACAUAUACCAUUUAUAAUUGUGAUUUUACUGUAAGAGGAAUGAUGCUCUAUCCAUCACACAGGGAUAUAAAGAAAGUCUAAUAACCAUGACAUAAAAUUACAGUACAUGA